AUGAAAUCUUUACUCUCUAGAUUCAAAGGUGGUCCGAGCGACUCACGUUCAUCGUCAAGAGCCAACUCAUCAGCAUCCACCAACAAAGAGAGAGAGAAGGAAAACCUCGCAUUUUCAUCAUCCAACGCAAAAUCCAAAUCAUCAUCGUCCACUAAUCAACAACUGAAGAAAGUAUUAUCAAGGAAUCACCUCAAUGGAAAACCGACUUCUUCCUCUUCCGCUUCUUCACCUGUUCCACCCCCUCGGAUUCUGACACCUAUAGGUAAUCAGCAUUCGUCCUCAUCCCCUAAUCUCGCAUAUGACGAUCCCAGACCACAUUCUAUCACCGGUUCGGCGGAACUGCUGUCGCCCGUCGUUGGACUAUGGGAGGAGACGAGGGGGGAGAACAGGAAUAGGAAUAGGACGGUCAGUGCGUCUGGAGAUAUACAUGACAAACCAGGAGGGAAGAAAGUCACAUUCAGAUCACCAGCUCCUACGCCCACUACGAGCGUGGUAUUGGACGAAGCUACGAAGAUAGAAUAUGAGAGGAGGAGAUCAUCUUCUUCUACUGCGGGAGGUACAUCACCUUCAAAGAGAGCCUCAACUUCAGCUUUGAAACCACCUUCAACUUCACAACCUGCUAGACCAGGUACAUCUCAAUCAAUCGAUUCUACCAGUAAUCGACCAAGACCAACAUCAAGACAGACUUCGCCCUUCUUACCUUCGCUGGCUAUUCGUCCUACGGCAUUUCGUAAAGCCUCUUUGCCGCCUUUAGGCUUCAAUACCCAUGAUAAAGGAGCGACUAGUAGCUCACCCACCAAAAGCUCUACUACGAUCUUAUCGCCCACUCCGUCGGAUGCUUCUACGGGCGCGAUGAGUAAUAUGAGUUACCUCCCGCAGCCAAAUAGCUGGAGCGAAAUGGCGGAAGAUGACCUGAUAGCUAAUCUCGGUCCGAAGGAGAGGACGAGACAGGAAGUUCUCUGGGAGAUUGUGAGCUCGGAAGAUAGAUACGUACAAGAUCUCAUCAAGUUCAAUGAAACGUUUUGCAAAGCUCUACUUCCCAUAUCCGCUAAUUCACCCCAUUUGGACCUAUAUGAUCCUACUCCUUCAUCCAUUGCCACUCGUACUAUGUCCCCUUCCUCACCCGCUCUAUCAGGUAACGAGUCCUUUGUCAAUUUACCUAUCGCCGCUAAAUAUUCAUCUACAACGCCACGAUACAGUGGCGAGAGAUAUCCAUCGGAUUCAUCAACUAGUACAGCACCACCCAUGACACCAAAUGACGAGUCGAUCGCCAGGGGAAAUCUAAAUUUGAAUUUGAAUGCACCUCCUCCAUCCAGUGCAGCAAGGAUGAACGCUUAUAAUAUUUUGACCAACGGUAGACCGAACAUAGGUUUGGGUCUAACGAAUAAAGCUAGCGUGUCAAGUUUGAAUGGGAAGAAAGGCCAUCAUAAUUCCCUACCACCUCCCUCAUCAUCAAGACAACAUUCAAAUUCUUCUCAAACCGACUUGAGAGCUAACGAUAAUAGAUUAUCGUACCAUCCUGGUAUUCAUAACAAAUUGCAUAAAGCGAGUUCUCGAAUCAGCUCAGGAGGAUCAAUCGGUCCUAGUACUGGUGCGGCUAAUAAUACGAAUGUGAAAUUACCUGAAGAUUUGGAAAAGGUUUUGACUGUUUUAUCAGGAGGAAUUCUAGAUGGACAUAUCAAGUUAUCGAACGCUUUGAAGAAGAGAUACGAGAAUCAGUAUCCUUUGGUAAGGAGCUUGGCGGAUGUGUUUACCGCUCAUUCAUACAUCCUAAGAGAAUAUUCCACCUAUGUACUUCAUCUCGAACGCGCCCUGUCGCAAGUCGACGAAUCCCUCUCACUCUUAACGGACCUCUCUGGCGGUAGUGGAACGACUCGAUCCAAGCGGAAUUCCAGACGACUGGAAGAGAGCGAUAUUGGAAUUCUAAGCCGGAGACUGAUGGGUCUGGAAGAAUUAGCUUCUGAAAAAGGAGAAGCCGGUUUGGUAAUCAGUCUAUCUAAACCUUUUCAGAGAUUGUUAAAGUAUCCAUUACUGUUUCAGAACUUGUUGUUCAACACGGAUCCUAGUUUGAAAGAGUACGAAGCUACUUUAUCGAUGGUAGAUCAAGUUGAGGAGAUCGUGAGAUCGAUAGAGGAUCAAAAGAGCGACGAGGAAGAGAGGGAGAGGACGAGGGAUGUCUGGGCGAGAAUAGACGGACUGGAAAGAGAUAAGGUCAUCAUGGCUCCGAAACCCAAUAGAAUGUUGAUCAGCGAGACUCAAUUACCAGUACCAGAAGGUGUUCAUCUCAAGGUACAAAAAGACAUACCGACGUCUGUGAAGGGCAAGAAGUCUUUCAAGAGACUGAGUGAUAUCUUGAAGGGUGGAGGAGACGGUGACUUAUGGGUUGUUCGAUUCUCUGACGUCUCUCUGCUAUGUGAGAAGACUGGAGUCACCCACCUACCCAUAGCGAGCUUCAAAAAAGCCACCAAAUCAGACUCUUCAAAUGAUCUGAGUGGCAAGAAACAUGCUACGAUGGGGAAAAGAAGCGCUUCUGUCAGAGCUAGAAACUUGUACAGAUUCGUCAAAGUCCAUGAGUGGCAUCUCAAAACUCGACCCAGUACCGAUGGUCUUCUGAACAUGAACGACAUCUCUGCAUCUCGUCAACGAACAUCUGAGAUUCCUCAGUCACCGCCUGUCUCCAAAUAUCCCACUCUACCUUCUAUAGCAGGUACACCUCAUGCUACGCCUACAAAGGUCCCUUUGAAAACAAUAGACGGGUCAGCCAAUCCUUCACCCUCCAAAUCAUUUAGAUCACGCAAAGGCACAGGAAUAGAUGACGAUACGAUGUCAGUUAUAUCUGAUGGUAUAUCUGAAAUGUCAUUCGCGUUCAAAGAUGGAGAUCAGGUGAAACCCAAUCUAAAAGCGAAACCGAAAAUCAGACAAUCACUCCCACCCACAUCCACUUCAAUUGCCAAACCCGGUAGGAACAUUGGGUCUGUGGGAAGAAGGACGACAUCUCAACCUGGUUUGACGAGAAGGUUAUCAGGUGGUCAUGUAGGCGGUCAAGCUGCUAAUGCGAAAUUCGCCAACCGACUUCGAUCACCUGAUCUCAACCAUCAUCAUCAUAAUCAUGCUGCGAGUGAUACGGAAGGACCCACUGUAGUAGGAGUCAGAUCAGCAAGUGCUGCAGGUAAAGCUAGAAGAUCAUUACCUCCUACUUCAGGUACGACGAUGAGUGGCGGAUUAAGACCAUUGCAUACGGCUGGUAUAGCAUCUACGACUGCUUCUAGACCAGCUUGGAAUUCUGGUUUAUCGACUACCAGUACGACCAGACGUGCGUCUACACCUACUUCGCAAGUCGGAUCCGUUAGAGGAACGAGAUCGUCCCAUGUGAAUAAUGAUCAUGGGAGUGGGAGUGAGGGAAGAAGAAUACCGAUAGGUAGAUCGUCAAUGAUUGGAACUUCUAAUUCCAAUACCGAUGUCAACAAAACCCCUUUGGGACGUACGAUUACGACUUCUCCCACCAAGGUUGAUGAUGAGGAUAAUGAUAACGAUAAUGUCAAUGAUAAUAUACAAGAUAACGGGGAGAUCAGGAAGAUGCCAAGUAAAGAAGAUUCGGUUGUAGGUCUGUGGAGGGCGUUCGACGAAAGUAAAAGUAAUGGAACUCCUGCAAUCUCAGGUGUAGGCCUUGGUCCAGGAAUUGAUCCAGCCGAGGGUAAACCCAUUUCGUCUGUUGGAAGAGGAGGAACAAGAGGUGUUGAUGUGGGAGUACCUUCAAGAGGAUCAGUAUCGUCCCUUAGAGGAGUUACUGGUACACCCAGAGGAACAAGUUUGAGAGGAGGAGGUAUGACAACAGGAGUAAGAGGUGGUGCAGCAGUAGGUACGACACCGAGCAGUGUAGUCGGAUCAGGUAGAGUAACGGGUAAAGCUGCUACGGUAGGUAGAGGUGGGAAUUUAGUUAGUACGAGGAAAAGGGAUCUGGGCGGGAAGAUAUAA